CGGGUUUCUGUGCGACCGCCUUUGUGAGUGAUGUCUAGAAGUUCAGUUUCUAGUAGUUUCUGAAGCUCCCAGUCUCAACUCUCAAGUCUCAGCAAGGUACAGUGUCACUUGGCGAACCCAGCAAAGCAAGGAUGGCGCUGUGGAUGGAAAAGGGUUCCGAGCCCUUGACCGAAAGCGAGAAAGCAGACCUUGAUGCUAUUGCUGCCCUGAAAGAGUCCGCUGCUAUUGAACUCAAGGAAAAGGGCAAUCAAUAUGUCAAAAUGGGUAAAAAACAUUAUUCUAAUGCUAUUGAUUGUUACACAAGGGCAAUAAAUCAGCAAGUCUUGAGCGACUCCGAGAACUCAGUCAUUUUUGCAAAUAGAUCACAUGUAAAUUUGCUGCUAGGAAAUUAUAGACGAGCUCUAACAGAUGCAGAGGAGGCAAUUAAGUUGUGCCCAUCAAAUAUAAAGGCAAUUUAUAGAGCUGCCAAAGCAUCUUUUUCAUUAAAUUUGUUGGCUGAAGCACAAUGCCAUUGUCAAAACGGCCUUCAGUUGGAUCCAAACAAUGAAGACUUGAAGAAGCUUGGCCAGCAGAUUGAUUUAAAGAAAGCAGAGCAGGAAAAGCAUGAAGCUGAAUUAUCCAAAGCUGUUGCAGAGACAAAGGAACUAGUGUUGGCUAUCGAGAAUAGGGGCCUGAAGAUUGGAAAGGCAGUGUUUCAAGAACUUACUGGACUUAAAAAACCAGUAUUAGACAAAAACAAUAUUCUUCAUUGGCCUGUUCUUCUCCUGUAUGCAGAGGUUAUGUCCAGUGACUUCAUUGAAGAUUUCUGUGAGACUGACAUGUUUGCAGUUCAUCUUGAUAUGAUGUUUGCAGAAGACCAGCCUUUGCCAUGGGAUGAUAAUAACAAUUACAAACGUGAAUUUAUAGAAUUAUACUAUGAGGCUGGUUCUGGAGUCUGUCUCCCAAAGGCGAAGCUACUUCAUUUUUUACUGGAGGGAACUGCAGCUUCUCGACAUGAAAGUGUCAGUGAUGAAGAGAAAGAUGCAGUUCAUGGCUCUAACCACGUUGACACGGGCACUCCUAAAUGGGUCAAAGUAAAUGAAAGGACGACGCUUCAUGAUGUUCUGAAGGACCCCAAUUUUAUCAUUCCUGGCAUCCCAGUAUUCUUUGUUGUUUCAAAGCGAUCCAGCUUUUACGGCAAGUUCAAAGCUGGAAAAUGGACUCCUCCAAGCAUAUGAAGAGGCGGCAGCAAGCUUUUAUUGAAGAAAGCGAAUGGCUCGGGUUGAGUCUAAGCGCCCAUCUUUGUUAAGGUUGGUUGUGACCUGCAAAAUCUGACAAUUGGUUGCAUCCAACCAUUGAAGGCACACAAGGUAGUUGCUCAUGAAGUCAUCAUCGGAUAUUAUGCAGUGCCUUGAAACUUGUUGAAAAAAUUUAUUUAUGUCUUAUUUUUAAACCCAAAAAACAAAAAAAAGGACUGAAUUUUGCAACUGUUUUGUCAAUGAGGGUUUAGGGCCAUCUUUGUAAUAAGAUCUGUGCCAGACCAAUAGGUUCAAUGUAUCAUAUUCUUUAUUCUAGUAACAGUCCAUCACAAUUUAUCAA